UCUGUCAGGACAAACAGCUUUAGGUUCCUCUGGAAGUGAGGUACAUAAUACUGUAGCAAGGUGUUUUUAAUUUGAAGUAAGACACCACGUAGUGAGAUAUGUAGUAGCGCGAUACUACGCUGGUGCAUCAGUGUUAUUUUAAUUUGAUAACAUCCACGCAGAACUUUGUUUUUGCUUGCUGACAGGGUGCCAAGCUAACAGCACAAAGAUCGAUUCCAAUUACAGACCUGCAAGAUGUCCCAGGCAGACAACAAAGUUUUGUUUCUGGGAGCCCUGGCUGGCAUCGGCCUUGCAGUGGCAUGUUACCACAGCUUUAAGACAAGACGGAGAGCUUCAUUGCCAGCACACUACCUGUCCUGUAACAAUGAACUUGCAACUGGCAUGAGGUUAGUUGAUAGCCCAGGUCUGCCCGGGGCACAGGUUGAGGUAUUGGAUCGCCUCGAGGCCCUAAUUCAGUGUGUGUCAGAGCUGAAAGAUGAGAUGAAGGCACUGAAGAAUGCUAUGCCAGUGGUGCAUGGUCAAGCCAGCGAAGAGCUGGCGGGAGGUGAUAGGACAGAGGCACGUCGAGCUGGGGGUGAUAGGACAGAGGCACGUCGAGCUGCUCCCCUUCACAGGACAACGCCAACGCGGAGGAAAAGGGCUGCAGGGAGCAUUGCUGGCGCCAUAGGAGGGGGGCGGAGCUCUGAAGAAGCAGAGAGUGAAGGGGGGUAUAUAACUGCACUGACAGACUCUGAUGAAGAGGAGCAGAGCAAUGAUGAACAAUGGGAAGAAAAGCAGGAAACGACAGACAACUUAGCGAACCUACUUGAAAUGAUCGACUCUUUGCAUCAGGGCACGGAAUCGGACAAAAGGGAAAGUCUGUGUAUCCUAACAGCAAGACAGGAAGAGUUUGGACAGAACUCAGCAUUUCUUUGGCGGCUAAUCAGAGCUUACUGCGAUGCGCAUGACAUCAGCUCCACGCUUGAAGAAAAGAAGAAACAUGCAGAAACUGGAAAGCAGGUUGGCGAGGAGGCAGUGGCGUUGAACCCGACCUGCGCUGAAAGUCACCAGUGGUAUGCCAUCAUGUGUGGUAUUUUGGCCGAAUAUGACACAAUGCAGAACAAGAUCAAGAAUGGCUACAUUUUUAAGGAUCAUCUGGAUAAAGCCAUCGAGCUGAAGCCUCAAGACCCCAUGUCCUACUACCUGCUGGGCCGCUGGUGCUACGCUGUGGCCCAGUUAUCUUGGAUCGAGCGGAAAGUUGCGGCUGCAUUAUUCGGAGAGCCUCCCAGCGCCACAAUUGAAGACGCACUGACAAAUUUUCUGAAGGUUGAAGACAUCCAACCGAGAUAUUCCAAACUGAACUAUGUAUUUCUUGCAAAGUGCUACAGAGAUUUGGGGCAGAGAGAAAAGGCGAGAAAAAUGUUUGAAGCAGCUUGUUCAAUGCAAGCUGCCUCAAAAGAGGACGAAGACGCACAGAAGGAGCUGGACCUUCUCUGCCCGGAACUGGAAGUGCAACACCCUGCAGACCAGUUGUUAUAGGUUCUAUUGCUACUGGCAGUGUGUAUGUGUGCGUGAGUGUAUGUGUGUGACGUGAGUCAUCAUGUGAGCAAAUUGGCUGCUAGAGUCAGAGACAUCAUGUAGUUUUUAGGUCAGUGGUGAAGAGAUGUCAUAAUAUGCAGAAAUAUGGUCAUUUCAUUGAGAUGGUCAGUGUGGCUAGCUGGGCCCAUCUAGUAUUCAGUAGCUUCAGUGUGUGUGUGUGUGUUUGUCAUUGAUACCAAGUUUCAACAGGAAAGUGAGCCUUGUUGGUUCUUCCUUCCGUCCUGUUUGUGUUGUGUCUCCCAACUCACGGUGAUGUGUCUCCAACCAAAGCAGCUGAUCUGCUACAUUGGUUGGUCGGCUUCCACAGAGAUUGGCUCUAUUUACCUGCACACAUCUUAUCAUUGUUCUUAUAUUUUAAAUUACCACCAAUAUGCAAUGUGCACACACACUUGUUUUAUGACUUGUAACCUGUUAUUGAUUGAGAUUGUUGGUUGUGGCAUCUGUCCAGGGUUAAAUGGGUGACAUUUAUUAAUGGCUUUCUCUCAUAUCACACACACCCCUCAUGACUAAUGGCAUGUAGUUAUACUCACUACCAUUGCAAGUAUGAGCAACAAAGCUAAUCUGUCUCGAUUUAAAAAAACAGCCUUUAAUAUAGAGACUCAUCUUGAUAUCUUGGGCACUCACUUGACAACUUAAUCUUUAAAUACAUAACACACCAUAUCUUUUGCAUGCUUACCGGUAUUCAUUUCCUGAGAUUGAGUGUUGUCUAAUUAAAGAGAAAAGGAUAGAGAAUGUGUAGAAUGUAAGAAUGUGGCUUAGGCAGUGAUGAAGGAAGGGAAAUGACUGUGCAGAUAAAUAGAGCCAUUCAGAGUUUGUUUUUUAGGUUUUGUUGUUUUUCUGUAGCAGAAGAGUUGUUGACCUUUGACUGGGGAUGGGUACCAAAAACUGUACUUUUACAGUCACAGACCAAGUUCGACCGGUACUACCAGGCAUCGAUUCACGUAAAAUGAAAUGGUACCUUGUUUUGGUACCAAAACUCCAAUGUCCAUGGAGUGUCAUGGCGCCGCUUCUAACAACAUUCAAUCCAUAAGCGAAGAAGACGAAGCCAGAGGGAGGGGGCAAUGUUUACACCAACAGGGAGACAAAUUAAAGCUAAAGAAGUUGAAAUAAGUCAGAUUUUUAAGUACAGUAGACACCCCUACAACGUAAAUAAUCCGUUCCGAGAACAUUUAUGUUAUAGGGUUUUUAUGCUAUAUGAAGCGUAAAAUACAUGUACAUAGCCUAAUCCGUUCCAAGAUCUUUCCAAACACCCCUUUGGCCCUUCAAAAUAUUCAAAGUCCACCAAAUAUGGUGGAAAAAUAUAAGAAAACGUUAGCAUAAACAUAGUAGAGUAACAUUCCAAUAUAAAAUAAGGUAAUAAAUAAGAUUACUGUAAAUGAAUAAAACUGAAAAACAAAAACAAUCUUAUCGUUCACGAGAUGUCUUGAUCAGGAGCACGCAAGUGGAGGCAGGAGUAGGAGGAGGAGGAGGAAGAAGACUAGCCUGAGUCGAAACGCGACUCAAAGAGUCUAAGAGUCAGCUGGUCUCACAGACAAACACACACGCACUACGUGAUAAUGCUGUGUGCAAAAUUUUUAUUUGUAACUUAACUUAAUUGUUUGUUAGUUUAAGGGCGACUACGAAGAGGAAGGGAGGUUGAAGGGAGAAGCCUGUCUCUCACACAAACUCACAUACGUGCUGUAUAAGUCAGUCAAUGAGAUGAGAGCGUAGGCGGUGCCCCGAUAAUCAGCCAAUGAGAUGAGAGCGUAGGCGGUGCCCCGAUAAUCAGCCAAUGAGAGCGUGAAGCGUCAGAAGGCAUCACCAAGUGUACUCUGUUAAUCUGAACUUGCACCGACUUGACGCUUUACGUUAUAUGGAAUUCUUUACGUAAUACGAUGCAAAAACUUUACAUAAAUUCUGUUCGUUCAGUGGAAUUUACGUAAAAGGAGGUUUACGUUAUGCGAGGUACUACUGUAUAUGGAUACAAUAAAAGCGACUUGUAUAGUAAAUGUCAGUAUGUUCUCAAGGAAGACUCUGAAAGGGAUAGUUCAAAUUUUUUGCCAUGAAGUUGUGUGACAUCCCCAUCAGCAGUGUACUACUUCAACAGUGACUUACCCCCAUUUAGUCCCGCGAGUACAGUUCUGGUCGGAUUUCCGUGACAAGAUGUAGUUCCGCUUAGUUGCUGGGACAUUUAAGUAAAGAGUUUGGCUUCUCAAAACAAUAUGCGUUCAAAAGAGUAAUAGAUUUGUGAUGUGAAAUAAUGUGUGAAAUAAACUAAACUAUCUAUUUAAUACAUGACAUGAAGCCUGGACGCAUCCCGUUGUGUAGAAACGUAUCAAACAGCUGUAUUUCAACACCAACAUUUGUAUUCACAAAUGAAAAAUUAGUAGUAAGAGGGGUGGUCCAUAUACAACAAUUUAGAUGUAAUCGACAUGUAAUCCAGCAAUUAAAAAUAAUUCAACGUAGCAGAAAGUGUAUAUUGUCUUGUCUUGUAUUGUGUGUGUGUCUACUACAAUGGUGAUUGUUUUCUAUGCCUCUGGUGAGCACCACAACCACAAGAACCAAAGCGGAUGUCAUUUAAACACACAUUACCGACAUCUCGAAAGAGCUGUAGAAAGUUAUAUUAUCCGUUAGACCGACGGCUUUUGAUUCUUAUCUGAUAGAUAACGUGUGGCUUCAUCUUCUUCUACACACACACACACAACCAUUCAGUGAUUACAAUCGCCCCCUGGAGUUCUUGAAGUGCACAAGGAACCAAGAUAGAAUGCAGGCCCAUAACCAGGGGGGGUCAGGGGGUUCGAACGAACACCCCGAAAAAUAUCUGGUUACGGGCCUGGAAUGUACUCAUUUGUUUUAACUGUUGGAAGAAUUUUGUGAAACAACCGCGAUGUUACAAUAUAAACAGUUGGACGUUGUUUUGAUCCAUUUGAUAAAGAUUAUACAGUGUAUAUGGAGAGGUAAAUAUCUUCAAUUGAAAAAAAUAAAUAGUAAAUUUAACAUUUAUUACCACAUGAACACACAAAAGUACCGAAAAUUGGUACUGUUGAGUACCGGUAUCGGUUCAAAUGUGAACGGUACCCAUCCCUACUUGUGACUCAUGGAAUUUAGAUUUUUUUAGGGGGGUGGGGGUGAUGAAUGAAUAUUAAAUUAUAUCGUUUGGGGGUGUUAAUUUUAAGACUGUUUUAUCCAUUCCUAAUUGUUUAAAUGGUUUUGCUGUCAAAUGAAAAUGUAUGCAUAAUGCAGGCCAGACAUGGAUUUGUUUUAAGAUUAAGAUUUCUUUUAUGUGUGCAAUCACUUUAAAUCUGCUUUUUUUUAAAAAAAAAUGUCUCUUUACAUAUUUGUACAGAUGUUGAAUGUACUGUAUUAGAUUUAAUUUAUCGCCAAGGCAAUUGUGAUAUUUGUGAGGGUUUUAAAUUUGCAGGUACAUGACAUGAAGGUUAUAUUUAACUUUCCCAAUGGACAUACUCCAUCAUGGAUGCUACUAGAAUCUAUAAUUAAAUCUGCAAAACCAAUGCACUUUUCAUUAUUUAGUCUGUUGUUGUGAUUUGAAGGACAUCUUCUUUGAGUAACAUCAUUUGUAAUGAUUGAUUGAUGGAAUGAUGGAAAUUUGUAAUGAUUUUUGCUUGAAGUAUAGAAAGUGGAUCCCCUCGUACUGAUUCAGCAUUCACGGCCCUGCAAAUUUGCAGAUGUUUGGGCCCAAUUUUUUAUUUUUUUUUAAUUUGUCCGAAAAUAGGCAAUUUUUUCCAUGGAAAGCACAUCUCAUUCAUUCUGAUUCGGAAACAAUUUAUAAAUACGGAUAAAUGCAGAACAAACGGAUAAUACAGAUAAAACGGAUAACAAAAUGGACAGCCCACAUGUGCCAUUGUAAAAAAAAAAAAAAAAAAAGGUUACGUUUAUGUCUUUAUGCUUCACUAAUAAUGUUUUUUCAUCAGACAUUGAGAUUUUGCAAUUUGUUCGGCAGCCCACGAAUGCGUUCUUUUCAAAAGUGAAACUUAUAUAUAACUUCUAUACCAUGACUGUGAUUCCAUCCGUCCAUGGAUCAUUUUACAUUAUCAUUCGUUAGUACUGAGUACCUGUACAUUUUAUACUUUAAAAUGUGUUUGAUAAAUGUGUGAGGCAUAUUGAAGAGAGAAGUGGAGGGUUCUGGAGCUGAAUCUGAUCUAAUGAUUCCAACAGUCACUUUUAUUGAAAAUGGUGAUACAAAAUCAGAGAAUGCCAAGCUAGGAGGAGUGUUUGGAGGAGGGGGGAACAAGCUGUGUGUCAAAAACACAGUCGUCCUUCAUUUAUUGCAGUUAAUUGAAAACGAUUUUUACCAUUAUUAGAGCCCCAAUAGUCACCUUUACAAAUCUAUUUAUUCGUCGUUUACACUGUAUUGCUGAUGCGCGGGAUCUCCGUAUUCUAAAUUUAGUGUUUCAAAAUAAGAAGCCAAAAACGUACCACUUCCACAUGGGAAGAGAACUUAUUUUCACUCCAUCACGUCUGUCAUGGCAUGGCAGACGUGAUGGAGUGUGACGGUAAUAUGAUGUAAUGUCAUGCCUCAUCAAUGUUUUGUGACAUUACUGACGCCUAGUGGCCAGAAUACUAAAUAUAACUUGUAGUUCAAUAUUUUUUUGACUAAUAAUGGGCCAUAGUCACCCACAAAACGGCCAUCAUUUAGUAAUUAAUUAAUUUUUGAAAAAGCACUAUAGGGUGCGAGAGCGAUAUUCUAACCACGAUGUAGACAUUGUUACUUGUGAUUUUCCUGGAACCUCUGGAACGCAACCCCUUACUACUACUGUAGUCACUUUGCAAGGCAUGUUUUGUGCCUAUUGACAAAAUAGUUACUUCCCAAAUGAGUUAAAGUGACAUCCAUGUAAAUAUUGUCAUCCUCUUCCUCCUGUGCAUAAAAGGGGCUCAUGUAAGACGGCUGCAGAACUGUAUGAAAUAUGUCUUCUCGUGCAACAUGGAGCACAGCGCUGCCUCUAAUCUUGAUUUUGGUAUAUGCAGGCUUUACGGAAUGAACUUGGUUGCAUAAGAGCACAGCACAGCUUUUAGGUGUUCUGUCUCCUCAGGCUCAAAUUGCUGAAUUGAUUCUUUCAAUUCUUUUUUGGCUUUCCCACCCGUUUUUUUUAGCGUCUCAUAUGACAUAAUUACACUUAAGUUUCUCCUCUUUUCUACACUACCAAUCAUUUGUGGAAUGUCUUAUCUCAUCUGAUUUCAUGGUAGAGUUACAAGGUUAGGGGUUAGGAUUAAUUACCUGCUCCUCAAGUAAGCGUUAAUCGUGAAAGCACGAAUGUCCUCAAACUCAAGACUUGAUCAUGCUGUUAAAUUGUGAGUGAUUUAUUUCCUCUGAACUAAACCAAACUAUCUUCUUUCACUCUAGGCUGUCCCACAAGAGAGAACUUUGCCAUUAUCCCAGACAUUCCCAGCAUUUACAGUGUGUUAUACUGUACAUUGUUGUUGUUAUUGUGAAAUAAUUGUAACUACUUUUUUUCCAUAGCACCACAGAAGGGUGCCAGUGAUGAUAACCAUAGAAGCAGAUGUUAUUGCGCCAUAUCAUGGGGUACCUACUGUACAGUAUGUCUCUGCCAUGGCUGCUGAAGGCAAUAUUGCAAAAGCAGCAAUAAAUAUAAAAAAUUGGAGAAACGCCUCCUCUAGCCUGCUAGCCUCUAGCGCUAGCCUGACGAUAAGGCUAAAGGCUACACCGUGAAUCCCAUUCCAUCUGUUCAUUGAUCAUCUCCAUUAGCAUU